AUGAAAGACAAAGUGAAUACAACAAGUGAACAAAACGGUUAUUCUUCUUUAUGUGCAGAUGUUGGGUCCAAUACACCAAUUGAAACUCUUGUUUCUCUUGGUCCGAAAAAUCGUUAUGGUGAAAUACCAACAAUUCGACUUUUUCUUAAUAAAUAUCAUACAUAUCCAUGUACUUUGGAUUGUGAAACGGACGAUGAUGACAUCCGUUUUCAUGUUACAACUAUUCUUAAUUAUAUCCGUGAUGAAUUAAAACAUGAUAUCAAUAAAGAUUGUAUCACACGAAAAUAUCAUCGACGUACAAAACAAAAAUAUGUUGAUUCACGUGUAUCUGAUUUAGGUAAUGGUAUUAUGAUUAAUUUUAUUGACUCAUCUUUAGAUUCUGAUGUUCACAACAAAAAUGAAUUAAAAGCUGAUUAUGGUGAUAAUUAUUUUUUAAUUUCAUCAGAAAUCAAAAUUUUUUAUUUACCUGAACAUGAUUCAUUUGUACAAGAUUUAUCAACUCAUUUUUCUCAAAUGAUUGUAUAUUCAUCUAAAUCAUGUAUUUUACAAAUGGUUUGUCGAAGUCAAUGCGGUUAUUAUCUUGAUGGAGUUCGAAUUAAAAAACCUUUGAUUACUGAUCUUGCUCUUCAUUAUGGUAAAGGCUUUCUAUCAACACAUGAAAAAAUUCUUAAAAAUUUAAAUAAAAAAGAAUCAAAAGGCAUUGUUCUUUUACAUGGUGUUCCAGGUUCAGGAAAAACACAUUAUAUUCGAUAUUUAAUUCAAGAAAUUCAAGAUAAAACAUUGAUUUAUAUUUCACCUGAAAUGGCAAAAGAAAUAUCAUCACCGGAAUUUCUUCCUUUUCUUAUGCGACAUGAAGAUGCAAUUCUUAUUAUUGAAGAUGCAGAAAAUAUUAUUCAAGAUCGAAAUGAAUCUUCAACACCAUCACAAGCUGUUGCUAAUCUUCUCAAUUUAUCUGAUGGUUUAUUAGGUGAUGCAAUGCAUCAACAAAUUAUAGCUACAUUUAAUUGUGAUUUAACAACAGUUGAUCCAGCUCUAUUACGUAAAGGACGAUUGAUUGCUAAUUAUGAAUUUAACAAAUUAGAUCUAGAAAGUGCUAAGAUUUUAUCGGAUAAAUUAGGGUUUGGUACUGAUGGUAUAACUGAACCAAUGACUCUUGCUGAAAUCUUUAAUCAAGGCGAUAAAGAUAAUCAAUCAAUAGUCUAG